AUGUGGGAUAAGAGUAUUCUUACUUUAGACAGACUCGCUGCUCGUGGUUGUAAUCGUCUCCUCACUACAACUUGCGUCUUGUGUUUUGCGGACGAAGAGACAGUUGAUCACCUCUUCCAUGCUUGUCCUUUUGUGAUUCGUUUAUGGAAUUUUCUUACUUCUACUUUUCGGCUUCCAUCGUUCCCCCGGUCAGUUCAGGACUUGUGGGAACGUUGGAGACCCAAACUCCCGAACAGUGUGAGGGAUGUAGGGCAUCUUAUUUCUCGUGCUUUACUCUGGAAUGUUUGGUUGGAGAGAAAUGCGCGAAUUUUUAGAGAAUCCUUUUCUGCACAUUCAAUCAUUCUUCGCAAAAUUAUUCAUAUGUUCUUGCUUUGGGUUGAUGCAGUUCCUGAGUCUAAAAAGGCAAGAUUCAACGAGCCGACUGCCACUGCUAAACACAGUUUGGAUUUCUUGAUUGACAACACUAGAGCUGGCGAGGAUGACUUAGCUAAGUAA